CUCAGCACCCACUGGGCCCCAUCAGAUGCUCCCAGCAACCUGGGUGGUGGGUAGGGCAAAGUGUGCUGGCCCAUUUUCCCUAAAGCUGUGGGACAGGAUCUUAGGUCAGUGCAUGACUUGCCCAUGGUAUGGAAGGCACCCACAUGUGUUCUCUUGGCUGGGCUCUCACCACAGCUCGAAUGGCCUCCUCCCAUGCGGGCUCUCACAAGACUUCCAGCACUGAGGGCCGAGGAACCCCUGUGCCCAAAGGGGUGAGAGCUUGCCCUGGACAAUGAAAUGAGACACAGCCUAGUCCCCAGGGCCCAUCAGAGCCACACCACAGUGCCACCCUGGGCACCCAGGGAGACAGGGGCUGGGGUGUCCAGGGGCACCUGCUAACCUCGGGCACUUGGGUGUUUGUGGUGUGACUGUGGGAAUGCCGGCAGAAUCUAGAGGAGUUCUGUGGCCUGGGGCACUUCUGGAGUCCCUGGGGCCGGGGGAGGGCCUGUGUCCAGCCUUCCUUCUGUGUGGGACAUGACAUCUCCUUGCCCUCUUCCUACAUUCUCACCAGGCUCCAGUUUCUGUAGGGGUAGAACAUCUGGUGUCUGUCCUCUGGCAAACACUCACCCCCCACAGGCUCUGUUCUGGGUUUGGGGAUAUAGCUUCAAGCAUGGAAGGGCAUGACGCCCCCCCCCACCCCAUUUCAGCCCAGUCUGUGUCUCCGUGGUUGUCAUCCUUUUACUUGCUGUGUUGGACUUCCUGUCUUUGUUAAAAAACACACACACACACACACCCACCACUAGGCUGUCACCCCAGUGGGCUGGGCUGUUGGUUGCACUCACAGUGCACCCAGGUGGCUGCCUGGCUCUGCGUGGGAACUCAGCAAAUACUUCUCCAGUUAGUAGGAACAGACACACCCUGGAGAGACACAGGCUAUAAACAAGCAAGAAAACCCAAGCAGAGAUGCUCUCCACAAGUGAGAUAUAUCAGCUCCUGUUGAAAAUGGAUGACUUGGAGUCAGAGUUCAAUCUGAAAGUCGUCCUGGUCUGUUUCAAGCAGUGUCUCAAUGAAAAGGAGGAGGUGCUGCUGGAAUACUACCUCGAUGGCUGGAGGGGGCUGGUCAGGUUCCUGAAUAGUCUGGGCACCAUCUUCUCAUUCAUCUCCAAAGACGUGGUGACAAAGCUGCAGAUUAUGGACCAGCUGCGAAGCGGCCCCCAACAGGAGCACUACAGCAGCCUGCAGGCCAUGGUUGCCUACGAAGUGGGCAACCAACUGGUGGACCUGGAGCGGCGCUCACGCCACCCCGACUCAGGCUGCCGGACGGUGCUACGGCUACACCGCGCGCUUCAUUGGCUGCAGCUCUUCCUGGAGGGCGUCCGCACAAGCCCUGAGGACGCGCGCACUUCCGCGCUCUGCACCGACUCCUACAAUGCCUCGCUGGCCACCUACCACCCCUGGAUCAUCCGCCGGGCUGUCACCGUGGCCUUCUGUGCGCUGCCCACACGCAAGGUCUUCCUGGAGUCCAUGAACGUUGGGUCCUCCCAACAGGCUGUGGAGAUGCUAGACGAGGCCCUGCCCUUUAUUGAGCGUGUCUACAACAUCUCACAGAAGCUCUAUGCCGAGCACGCCCUACUGGACCUGCCAUAGGGGCUGGUGGGACCCAGGUUGGGUGGGCUUCCCCUGAUCCAGAGGUGGGCAGGGCAGCCAGGACACAUCAGUCCCACUAUGGAACUUUCCGGGCUCCCCUGUGAGCUGAGCUUGUCAGGAGCCACUCAGAUUGUGCGCACGGGCCACAGACGGGCUUCAACAGAGGAGGCAGACGUUGGCCAUCUGCUCUGCGCCCGGCCUCUCCCUUGCCCAGGCAUCUCAUCUUUACCCUCUACCAAGUUACACCCGUGUAGUUAGGCCUCUCCUGGGUGGGUGAAGUGCUGGAGGCGGGGGCAGGCAGGAUCAGUGUUCAUGGAAAAGCUGCCCCUACUUGGGGGUCAAGUCUGUGGGCUGGGGGAGUCAGAGGGCCCGGGAUGUAGUGUUUGCCCACCUGGGCUGCCUUGAGCCUUCUGUACCAGCUAGCUGACCCCAGGACAGGGAGAAAACCCCUGGGCAGGGGUCACCUUUGCGGGAUUUCUCCCUGCCCCUGGCCUCCUUCUUAGCUAGGGGCGCACAUGUCCUUGGCUGUGACAGCAGGACCUGAAGCCCCAAAGAAAGGCCUGCUCUGCCUCCACUGCCCUGCACGCACACAGCAGCCUUCUGCAGCCUCAAGUCUGCACAGCACAGCACAACCCUGGAUGAGAAUCCCUGGAACCCAGGACUCCUCUGCCCAGUGCUCGCUUCUCCCUCCUCAGUGUCUACACAUCCAGAUGCUGUGUCCCUUCUUCCUGGCCCCAUACUGCUCUGUCCCCAUGUACUCAGGAGACCUAGAAUGACACAACAUGGGAGGGAGCCUGGGCCACUUCGCCUCAGUGACAGGCUGACAGGUGACCACACCCAGCCUGGCCAUCAUCCAGUGAUUGGGGGUCUGGUCCCCCCCACAUCCUCUGUGAGCCCAGAAUGUCAGGUGCCAAGGUGACAGUAUCCACCAAGAGCAAAUGUGUGUAAGUGAGCUUUCAGGGACCCUAGGCGCUGUAACACAGGUGAUGGCUUUUCCAAAAUAAAGAAAUUGCACUUA